ACAUCAUUGUAAUCAGAGGCAAUGAGAUGGCAUGGCAUAAAAAGGUUUAAGAUAGAGCAUUUGAGCAUAUGAAGUGUUUGAGGAAGGAAGGUUUUGUUUUUAUUUGGAUUUGAAGUCUGGCAACGAGAGUCAUGGAAGUCUUCCAGCAACCUGAAAAAGAAAAUGGGAAUACCGGGUUCCCUUCUAAGGGUAAUCAAGGCUUGUCUGCAAGACGGUCACAACUGCGACCUGUGAAAAAUAUUAAUGUGCCAAAAACUCAGAGGAAAGUUCUGGGAAAUGUGAAUCAAAAUUAUUCCACUAAACCUGCUUUGACAAAGUGUCCUUACAUACAGGCAAGGAAACAAGAUGGCCUGGUGCUACCCAGACAUGAGAAGACCUACCCAGAGAUUGAGACCUUCACACCAUAUCAUCCCUUAGAGUAUGAAAGGUUUGAGGUUCCUGAGGAACACAAGCUGAGUGACCGCUGCCUGGCUGGUGUCUCGCUGUUUGUUUCACUGGAUAAUGUAAAGAGAUUUGAUGCACUUAUAAACCGAACCCUAUCACCCAUGGAAAGCUCUUCCAUCACUUAUGAUUCCUGUGAAACUUUCAGUGUCUUAUUGGAAGAGAUCACCAUUGACUUCCCUCCCUUGUGUGACUUUUAAAUGAUUUUGUAAAUGUGUUUAAUAAACUGUUUUUAACUUG